CUGGCGGAACCUUUUAAAAGCGCCGCUGUUUGUCGUCGGUGUUGGAAUUCUUAACUGUCAACAGGAACCGACUGCGGAGCAGCAGCGUGUGUUGUUGCAAGCUUUAAAGCUGCCACUGCGGUCUGAACCUCCUGCAGUGCUGUGAUUAUGCGGCCAGCUCUUCGUCUAUAAAACGCGGCUUCAGCAGAGCUCAGCUCAGGCUUUUGGGGGCGCAUUCCUCGGAGUAGCUCUUUCGUCCUGUUUUCCCUGAUGGAGGGAAGCGGAGCACCUGCUGAGGACAUCCUCUUCCGGCGUCCCUGGCUUCCCGUGAGCAUCAGUGGGUGCCAGCUCCUGGCCAAGAGCUGGUUCGGUGAGACGGCGUACCAUAUCCUGCUCACCGACAUGCACUGUGUGUGGGAGGAGAGGAUGGACACAGCAGUCAUCCAGAGCAGAGCACAGGAGCUUAACAGGCGUUUGCGAGCCCCAGUCAAAGCCUUCUUCACUCACCUAUGUGAGGUGGUUAAGCCCUGCCUGGCGGGAGUCGGCAGCCAGACUGAAAACGAGGUUCAGAUCUCUCUGACGAGACAGGAGGACGGUAACAUCAACAUGAGGCUGAAGAGCGAGCUGGCAGGACUCCCUUUCUACUGGGAGUUUCACUGCACCCCUGCCCCAGUCGCUUUGGUAUGCAUUCAGCUGGUGCGCCCCCUGCUGACAAUGAGCCGCCUGCUGCAGCGGCAGGUGGAGCAGUUGGGAGGUCUGCUGGUGAGGAAGGACGCUGAGAUCCAGGACUACAGAGAGAAUGGAGCCACGCUCAGCAGAGAACGGCUGCAGACAGAUGUUUUUGAGGAGCACACACACAGAGAAGACUUCAUUGCAAAGGCUCUUCCUCUGCUCUGUUCUGAACAACAGGAAGCUCUGGGCUUCGAUGGCGAUCUUCAGGAGCUAUACGCCGCCAUCGUCACUCACGGAAGUGCACGAAAGCGCAAACUGUCGGAGCAGCAGUCUGCUGAGGAGGUCGAACACGCCAACAAGGAGCCAGAACUCGUCUUAAACGCUUCAGCCGGCGGAUCUGUCAGCAGUGAAUCGGCUGAUGGGAAUGAAAAACAGACCAACAACGGGGAGCCGGAAACACGUGGAGCCAAGAUGGUCAACAGACCCAAAAUGCAGCAGUCUCUUCCUGUCACAUCCACCGCUGCAGAGCGACCGGCCUCCAAACCGAAGAAGAAGAAAGUGGGCCUGUUCAGAUGAUCUCGAGCAGUAGGACGCACACACAAUUACGAAUUUAGAAAAAGUGCCGUCCUUUAAAAACACUUCUUAUUGAAUUUUUACACUCUUGAGGACAUUUUUACAAACCUACUUUUAAAAAUGUUUAGAUUUUAGACUAAAAGUGUCAUUAAAUAAAUACUUUUUUCUAUUUUUACCAUUUUUGUUAAAAAUAGAAAUAGAAAAACCACUGUGGGAUCAGGUUUUCUUUUUGAUGAUUGUACUGAUGACUGACAGCUGGUAGGUAGGUAAUUUCUUGUUCUUUUUAGGUUUUAAUAAACGAUUAACCUUCAUGUAUCUUUAACUAGGUGUGAAAUGUUUUUAAAGAAGUCAUAUUGCCAAUUAAAGGUAUACAUGUAUUUUUAAUGGGUGUCUAUGUUUGUUAUUUGUUAUGCAAACCACAGAAUUUAAA